AUGAGCCUGACGGAAGAGCAGCUACAGCGUAUCCUAAGCGCUGUAGUACAGGUAAAUACAGUGCAACAGCCGACAACACAACCACAGAAGAGUGGGAGCUUCGCUAACUGCGAUACGCGAUUCAAUGGAAGCAGAGAUCCAGCCCAAGUGGACCAUUUCUUAACAAGGGUGGCAACAUACAAGGAAAUAGAAGGGAUAAGCGACAAAAAUGCGUUAAAAGGAUUACCGCUUCUUCUUACAAAUACGGCUGCACUAUGGUGGAAAGGGAACAAGAGCAAGCAAAAGACUGGAAACACGCGCUUGAACUAUUACAAAAAGCAUUCUCACCGAAGAAGGCGCCAUACUAGACUUACUUGGAAAUAUUUGAAAAAUGUCCUAUUAGCAGCUCUACCACCUCCAAUACACACCGAGGAACAACAGAUCGAUAUGAUUUAUGAAUUAUUAAACAUAAGAUUCCGAGAACGGAUUCCUCGGGAUAGCUUCGAGACUUUCGAAGAAUUACAACGGAAAGCUCGUGAAGUCGAACAAAAUAUGCACGAGGCAUCAGUUAUGAAACCGAAGAGCAACUCGACAUACUCUAAUCAAUGUACAUUUUACAAUCGGAGAGGUCACAUGGCAACGGAAUGCCGCAAGAUGGCCAAAGCACAGAAAAAUCCGCCUCGUAAUGCAAGCAACCUCCUCAGAUGUUAUAGUUGCGGGAAAUCGGGCGUAAUUAGGAGUAUAUGUCCAGUGUGUAACCCCGUGAAGCCAGCGAAGGACACGGAAGACAUUCAAAUAUGUAUAUUAGAUGUUCAAGAGAAGAAAAAAAAACAAGAUGGACCUAUGAAAGGAAGGCGGAAGCGGCAACCCAAAGAGUACAGGACACAGGCCGAGGGUUAUUAA